CGAGCAGUAACAGCUGACCGCUGACGGGGACAGUCGGACAGUUCGAUUCUCCUCAAUGACAGUUGGAAAAUAAAAACAAAACUUUGGUCUCGUUCACAACAAAAAAGUCGAACUUAUCAUCCGUGCGACCUCUAAGUCUAUUUAUAGCUUCUUAACGUACUUAUCAAGCAAUUGCAUCCACUGGCUGCACUUGCACGCUGUCGAUAUUUGUACAAAAAUGCGUAAAUAAUAAACGGCCUACACUACGCACGAGUGAGCACGCAUACACACGUGACACGCACCAUAGAUAUACACUACGAGCUAUACGAGAUUGCGAGAACGAGAACGAGACGGAAGAGUGAGAGAACCGACCGUUUCGAAAUGGGUGCGUCUUGUGUGUGUAGCAGUGGUGGAGCUGCGGAGCACAGUUUAUCUCGGACUGCGCGACAAGUGGAAGCGCGCCGCGAAGCAAGAGAUACUCUGUUGGACUGCAGUUAGACAGCAGAUUCGCAUCACGCAUCAAAGAGAAGCUGCGUCUGCACUGCGCGGCGAGUUGUUCGCAACCUAUCUCGUCCGAUAAAGGAAGAUAACUUACACUUCUGUCAGGUUUUCGAUCGUAUAACGCUUUGAAUUCCCAUCAACGGCAAAGACAUGUCCAACUUUGCAGAGCUCGUGCAGUCUACAAGAGAGACAUUUUAUAGUGGAAAGACUCGUCCACUGGAAUUCAGGAUUAAACAAUUGCAGGCACUCAAGCAGAUGCUUGAAGAAAACAGACAUGAAUUCCAUGCUGCCUUAAAUGCUGAUUUACGAAGAAGUAAAUUUGAGAAUUACGUACUUGAAAUUGAUUACACCAUCAACGAAAUCAUUCAUUUACUGAGGCAUUUAAAAGAAUGGGCUGCUCCAGAAAAGCCAACAAGAACAUUUGUGAAUGCUUUGGACGAAAUUGUCAUUUACAAAGAGCCUUAUGGUGUUACUUUGAUCAUGGGAGCUUGGAAUUAUCCUCUACAGUUAGCAAUAGCACCAAUGAUAGGAGCAAUUGCAGGUGGCAACUGUGUGAUUCUUAAACCAUCUGAAGUAUCCGUUGCUACUGCAAAGCUCAUAAAUGAACUCAUACCUAAAUAUUUGGAUAACGAAUGUUACAAAGUCGUUUGUGGUGGUACUAACGAAACCACUGAACUUUUAAAACAAAGAUUUGACUAUAUCUUCUUUACUGGUUCAACAACAGUUGGACGUAUUGUGCGAGAAGCAUCAAAUAAAUUCCUCACACCGGUAACCUUGGAACUUGGUGGAAAGAGUCCUGUCUACAUUGACAAUACAGCUGAUUUAACAGUCACAGUCAAAAGAGUUUUGUGGGGCAAAUUUAUUAAUGUUGGUCAAACUUGCAUAGCACCGGACUAUAUAUUGUGCACACCGGAAGUUCAAAAUGCAUUUGUUAAAGAGGCAAAAAAAAUUAUGAAGGAGUGGUACGGUGAAAAUCCACAAGAAAGUCAAGAUCUAUGUCGUAUUGUCAGUGACAAGCACUAUCAGCGUCUAACGGCUUUCUUAUCUAAUGGUGAAGUAGCUAUUGGUGGUCAAGUUGAUCCUGCUGAUAAAUACAUUUCACCAACCAUUCUCAUAAAUGUCAGACCAUCAGAACCAGUAAUGAAGGAGGAGAUUUUUGGACCGAUUUUACCAAUUGUGAGCGUUAGCAAUGCAUAUGAAGCUAUUAAAUUUAUCAAUGAACGAGAUAAUCCCCUUGUAUUGUACCUGUUUACCAUGAAAAAGGAUGUACAAAAUCUGAUCAUAACUCAAACAAAAUCUGGCUCGGUGUGCGUGAACGAUACAAUCAUGCAAUACAGUGUUGAUACCUUACCAUUUGGAGGUGUUGGAUUAUCAGGCAUAGGAGCCUAUCACGGAAAAUUGUCGUUUGAUACUUUCGUGCAUCCUAAGGGAUGCCUUAUAAAGAAUUUUAACAUUAUUGGAGAAACUCUGGCAUCCGCACGUUAUCCACCUUACUCGGAGAAAAAGUUGAAAGUGCUGUCUCUCUUGGUUGCUAAGAGGCCCGAUAUUCCUGGAAUGAGAUAUUUGCCACACUUGCUAAUGUUCGGACUGGGAGUUGCCGCGACUUUUGGCAUCAGAGCUCUUAUGAAGGAUUCCCCUUACGAGGACCAGCCGUGAUGUGGCUAAAAGCGGAAAAUAUUUGUCACAAAUGCACGCAAAAUAUAUUAUUUUUGUUUACGCAUAUUUUUAUAAAACCCAGUCAUAAAAACUCAGAAGUAAAAAUGUUCGCAGUUACGGUCCGAUAAUUCCAGAUGUUAUAAUUGACAAAGACUAGUGGAUACAUACUGCGAUCAGUUUUUCUUUUUGUUUACUGAAUAAUUACGCAAACAUCACGUUAAUUUAAGAUUUAUAAUGCAAACAUCACACGUUUGUUUCUAUCAAAGUAAUUUUAUCUGUAAAUGUUUGUUUGUACUAUUUUGUAAUGUUAAGUUUUAACGAUUUAUGUGCUAGCAAUUACUAUGUAGUCGUUUUGCGAAAAGAGUUAUUUAACUAUUCUAUUUUAUGAGUUUUUUAUUUUGUGCGCGUGAAAUUUCAAAAUUAAAAUUUUGUUUUUAGUCGCAAUUCUUGUUUUAGAAUGUUGCAAAUUUUUUAUCAACUGAAAAUUAGGUAAGAGAUUGCAUUAUAAGUGCUCUUAAUAAACAUUACUAGUGUGGGUGAUAGUGUGAUGUAAAAUACAUUUUUUAUCUUUUUAUGUAAUCAUUAUAAAUGAUUAAACUAUGUAUAGUUUAUAUAAAUUAUAUGCAUAUAUGUUUCUUAUAAAAA